GCGGGGGGAGCGCUCGCUGGCUGGCUGGCUCUCUGCUGCCGCUGCCGCUGCGCUGCGCUCCGGCCGUUCGCCGCGGCCCGUGGAUGGGGGUGUCCGGCUGAGCCCCGGGAUCCGCCUCCCUCCGCCAGGACCCGCACAGGAAAACGAAUCUCGAAAGUUGCUAUAGUUGUAUUGUGGUGCAAGAAUGGAGGCCCCACUGGUGAGUUUGGACGAAGAGUUUGAGGACCUUCGGCCCUGCUGUUCUGAGGACCCGGAGGAAAAGCCCCAGUGUUUCUAUGGCUCAUCUCCCCACCAUCUAGAGGACCCCUCCCUCUCUGAGCUUGAGAAUUUUUCUUCUGAAAUAAUCAGCUUCAAGUCCAUGGAGGACCUCGUGAAUGAAUUUGAUGAGAAGCUCAAUGUCUGCUUUAGGAACUACAAUGCCAAGACCGAAAACCUAGCUCCUGUGAAGAACCAGUUCCAGAUCCAAGAGGAAUGAGAGCUUCUCUUUGUUUACAGGGUUUGGGAUGCUCUGACAGACAAUUACAUCCCUUCACUCUCAGAAGACUGGAGGGACCCAAACAUCGAGGCUCUGAAUGGCAACAGCUCUGACACUGAGGUAAUUGAGGAGAUUGAGGAAAUGAUGCAGAACUCACCGGACCCUGAAGAGGAAGAGGAAGCUCUGGAAGAAGAGGACGGAGGAGAAACCUCAUCCCAGGCCGACUCCGUUCUGCUGCAGGAGAUGCAGGCCUUGACACAGACCUUCAACAACAACUGGUCCUAUGAAGGGCUGAGGCACAUGUCUGGGUCUGAGCUGAAUGAGCUGCUGGACCAGGUGGAAGGUGCCAUCCGUGACUUCUCGGAGGAGCUGGUGCACCAGCUGGCCCGCAGGGACGAGCUGGAGUUUGAGAAGGAAGUGAAGAACUCCUUCAUCACGGUGCUCAUCGAAGUUCAGAACAAGCAGAAGGAGCAACGGGAACUGAUGAAAAAGAGGCGGAAAGAGAAAGGACUAAGCCUGCAGAGUAGCCGAAUAGAGAAGGGAACCCAGAUGCCUCUCAAGCGCUUCAGCAUGGAAGGCAUCUCCAACAUCCUGCAGAGCAGCAUCCGCCAGACCUUUGGCUCUUCAGGAACCGACAAACAGUACCUGAAUACGGUUAUCCCUUACGAGAAGAAAGCCUCUCCUCCCUCCGUGGAAGACCUGCAGAUGCUGACAAACAUUCUCUUUGCCAUGAAGGAGGAUAAUGAGAAGGUGCCUACUUUGCUAACGGACUACAUUUUAAAAGUGCUCUGUCCUACCUAACCUUGCCUUUGGAGCAGCCUGGUUGCAGGAGGUCACUGAGCAAGAGUCAUCCCAUCACGGGGACUGCAUGACACCACGUAACCUCCGACGUGUAUUUAAACGUGUAUAGCUUAACCUGGAUUAAACAUGAGCAAUUGCGCGGGUCCUUUGCCGUUGGCUUCUAGUGCUAGCAAUCAUUGGAUGCAUGAUAGGGGCGCAGGGCCGGUGAUGUCGCCUCCUCUCCGCCUACGUCAGGGAAGGCAGAAGCUCUCACCGCUCAUUAUGUAGUCUGGCUCCAGCCCUCAAAAACAGCUUAUACUCUAAGACUAAUUUUGAAAUAAACCUUCAUUUAAUUAAUA